AAAUCUAGAUUUUGUAUGUACAUGCUCGUCUAUAUAUAGAGAUAGAUUUGAGAUGGAUGUAAGACAAACGACCUGUUAGAUUUAGGGGAUAAGUAGAUUCCGGAGUGAUGGCCAAAGUGCUUUCGUCCCGUUCUUCGACUUCACCUCGGUACGUUCCUAUCUUAACAGAAGGUGGAGAGAAGAAGGCAGGUGAGAAGACUAAUCCAUUCAGGUGGAUGAUCGAGGGUUUCUCUACCCUUCUGAAUCAAACUGCGGAAACACAUUCCUCUGGCAACUUCUCAGCUUGUGGCUUCACCUGGAAGUUGGAGCUGGAAAUAAAAUCGUCUGGAGAAGAUGCUGAGAAAUCUCUCUCCCUUUGCCUAUUCUCAGUUGAAGCAUCAUCUUCUACUGGUUCGGUGGUCAAGGCAAUCUACAAACUGUUGAUGUAUGACCAGUUAUAUGGGGAGCAUAUACAGAAGGAAGGUGAAUGCUAUUUCCAUGGCACAUCUCAAUAUGGAUUAUGCUGUAUGGUCCCCUUAAAAAAAUUCAAUGAUCCGAAAUCUGGACUACUAGUCAACGAUUGUUGCAUUUUCGGUGCUGAAGUCAUGGAGGCUUUUGCAUGCAAAUUAGGACGCGAAGGUGUCUCUGAGUGCUUGUCCCUGAAGAAGGAAAUAACCCCUCAAACAUAUACAUGGGUGAUCAAGAAUUUCUCGAAACUGAGUGCAAAACAAGAUUCUGAAGUUUUUACUUCAGGGGGUUACAAAUGGCGUAUCCAAUUAUAUCCAAAUGCUAGCCCAUACACAAACUUCCUUGCUAUGUUCUUGAUCCUGGAUACUUCCGUUGCUCUUCCUUCCAAAACUCGAGCAUAUGUGGAUUACAGCCUUUGCUUGGUGGACCAAAUUGAUGGCAAACAUAAAAAGUUAUCAGUGCAACGCCAAUUUUCUUCCGACGGUGUUGGUUGGGGAUGGCACAAGUUUCUAGAGUGGAAAGAUAUGCAAAAUCCAUCAAGGGGAUUCCUUCGCAAUGACACAUGCAUUGUCGAAGCAUCCGUUGCUGUUCUUGGAGAAGUCAGCAUUACUUAGAAACACUGGUGUGUUAGCCUUCAAUGACUUGGUUAUAAAUGUUUCAAGAAAAACAUGUCUACCUGCACAUUUAUCAUAAAAUUUAUGUAUCUUCUUGUAUGUAUUCUGCAUGCCAAUUAAAACAUUUAUAUCAAAAGGAAAAUAAAUAAAAAGGCAAAUGCAUUAA